CACGCACACGCGCAGCAUGGCCGAUCCGCCUGCCUCUUCUCGCGGCGAGGAUGAUCAGCAAGCACUACGGAGUACAAUCACAUCACUGCGAUCGCACAUCGCGAAGUUCAGACAGCUCAAGUCAACAUCAGCACUAAGAUCCACCCAAGCGGCCGUGCUACAGGCGCGUGUGAUCGAGCUGGAAAGCCAGAGAGGCGUUGAUAGGCAGAGGAUUGCGGCUCUACAGGCGCACAUGGAGAAGCUGCACGGCCAGAUUGAGGUGGAUUUGAGGGACAGGGACGAUGCUGAGGCGAAGAAAGAGGGAGAGCUCGGCGACUUGAAGACGAGGGUAGCCAGGCUGGAGAGGGAGUGGGGGACAAUGAGCAGGGAGAGUGCUGCGGGGUGUAGUACGUCACGAACGAGGACUAGCAGCUGCGACUUGAGUCUGUAUGCGGCCAUGCUGCCUUCACCCACCGACGACAAGGGCGUUGAGCAAGAUCAGCCACCCAACUUCGCAAAGAACAGCCGCAACGUCGAGAUCAGCCACGAGCAAGCGCCACAGACGACUUCAUCCUCCUUUUCACCCAUCACGGCACCGCACUUACUGGCACCGCUGUCACAGGCCGAGACAGCCAGCGACAUUGCGCUCACCGAGGGCGCAAGCUGCGACUGCGAUAUCGUCUACGAUGACGCUGAAGCGUGCAAAACUCCUGGCCAGCGAGCCCGCAAUCAUGGCUGCCAUCGUCACAGCAAUUAAGCAGGAUCAUCGAGUGCAGAGGAGGUGAUGAGGCGUGGAAGCAGAGGCAGAAGGAGGAGAGUGCACAGAAAGUAGGACCAGAAGAACAGUGCUCAUUGCUCCGCAUCAUACCAAACAGCACCAACAUCUAUUCCCAAGUCAUGCCAAUACAUCCG